AUGGACAGCGUUUCUUAGCGAGAGGCCGAUCCUUGAGCAUGGCAACAGACAGUGCUGCAAUUAUGGAAACAGCGACGAGAGAUGACGAUUUGUACACCAAGGAUGGGACUGUUGAUAUUUGUGGGAGGCGUGCGACUCGAGCAUCAACUGGAUUGUGGAAAGCUGCUGGAUUUGUUCUUGUAAAUCAGGCUUUGGUUUCAGUAACUUACUAUGGGAUUUACAAUAAUCUCGUGCGCUACCUGACCAAUGUUCUCCAUCAGAGCAAUGCUACUGCGGCUAGCAACGUCAACCUAUGGACAGGCACGUCCUCGAUCACCGCUUUGAUCGGUGGCUUCAUUAGUGAUUCGUACUUGGGCCGAUAUUGGACUACAACCCUCUUUCUCUUCGUGUAUCUCUUGGGUAUGAUACUCUUGACAUUAUCAGCGGCUUUGCCUUCUCUGAAGCCUCCAAGUUGCGACACGGGAGUUGAUUGCCAGCCUGCGUCACCAGCCCAAACUGGCGUCUUCUUCUUUGCUGUGUACCUCGGGGGUCUGGCUUCUGGAGCAUAUCAACCUUGCAACUCAUCGCUCGGAGCUGACCAAUUUGACGAAGAGAAUCCAGACGAGCUUCCGAAGAUGACAGCCUACUUCAACUGGUUCUACCAGUCCAUGACAGUAGGAGCGCUGCUCGCGUCCACUCUCGUCCUCUACACGCAAGAGAACGUGAGCUGGAGUUUUGGAUUUGGCAUCUGCACGAUCGCUAUGGGCCUUGCGGUGGUCGUGUUUCUUAUCGGGACACCUCUUUACCGCAACCAUGGGCCUGGCGGCAAUCCUCUCGUUCGAGUUUUCCAAGUACUGGUUGCCACUGUGAGGAAGAUGGGAUUGAAGAAUCCCAACGACGCCAGCCUUCUCUACGAAGUAGCCGAUGACAAACCGAGCAUCAAAGGCAGCCGGAAGAUUCAACACACGACGAAUUUCCAGUUCCUUGACAAGGCAGCUAUAAUACUUCCCUCCGAUCUGGAAGAGGUAAAUCCGUGGAGACUGUGCACAGUAAGCCAAGUGGAAGAGGUCAAGUGCAUCAUUCGCAUGCUCCCUAUACUCCUGAGCAGCAUCGUCUACUCCAUUGUCUACUCUCAAAUGGCCACGCUGUUUCUGGAGCAAGGCGGAACCAUGGAUACGCACUUGGGACGCUACAAGAUCCCUCCAGGUUCUCUUUCAGUCUUUGAGAACUUGAGCAUCCUGGUUUGCACGCCGACUUACGAGUGGUUCCUUGUUCCAUUGCUCCGGAGGUUCACCAAGCAUCCCAAGGGCCUGACCGACUUGCAACGCAUAGGAACCGGGCUCUUCGUGAUCAUGCUCUCGAUGGUGGUGGCAGCGCUCGUCGAGAUUCGCAGGCUGGGUGUUGCAAGAGACCACGGCCAGCUCGACUCGCCGGCGGCCGUUCUCCCGAUGAGCGUCUUCUGGCUCGUCCCCCAGUACUUUCUCGUCGGAGCCUCGGAGGUGUUCACGUUUAUCGGCUUGAUCGAGUUCUUCUACGAUGAGUCGCCGGAUGGGAUGAGAGCGCUGGGCAGCUCGUUCCAGCUGACAGCAUUGGCGUGUGGAAACUAUUCGAGCAGCCUGGUGGUGACCAUUGUGAACGGAGUGACUGGGAGACGAGGCCACACUAGCUGGAUUGCAGACAACUUGAAUCGGGCUCAUUUUGACUACUUUUACUGGAUGCUAGCAGUGGUAACUGGUAUUGAUCUCGUCUUCUUUAUGGUGUGUGCUUAUUUUUACAAGUACAUCAAAACAGUUUCAUUCUCUAACGAGUAAUAAAAUCCAGUGUCCUCACACUAAAA